GGUAGGUUGUGAAGUGUUACGUUUAGGGAAGCAGCUUGAGUGAAAUUGUAAGGUUGGGCGCCGUCGACAGUCUCAUAUCGUAAUCGGCGGUCGCGGUGCAUAAUUCCUGUUAUUUGUGCAUUGUCGCAGUGAAAUAUUUAACAUUUAAAAGCAAUAUAAAUGGGUGCCUUUUUCAAAUGAGUUCGUGCGGAUUUAUGUAAACAUAUUACUGCCCCGAAAUAUUUUUCCCCCCCUUAAUUAACGUGCCUAAUUUUUUUGGUAAUAUUAAUAGAUGGCAAUCCGUCCUUCGUUAGUUGGCUUACUAAAUAUAUACUGCAUAUCGAAGUCAAAGUGUAUCAGCACGAUCGCCUGUUAAUUAGAUGCGCCAGGUUGCUUUUUAAAAUAUAGCGGUAUUUUUCGUUAACGUGGAGAAAUAACAUCCGUGGCUGUCCGGUGGUGUGAUUUGUAUAGUUUUUUUGUUGUUUGUUUUUCAUGGGGGAAAAGUAAGUGUCCUCCUUACUGUGCGGCCAAAUCGGUUUUUGCUCGCCCUCCUGUCGUCGCAUAGCGAUAGCAGGCUGAUGGGGCUCGAUCCGAGGCGGCGGCAUUGCACGAUGCAUCGGAAACGGAGCUAGUUUUACUCCGCGACCGGAGCCGGUGCACGCUCGCUUGGAAAAGCUGUUGCGGCCGGCGGAAAGCGAGCGCGGAGGAAAAAUUGAGGAUGCUUCCCUUCCCCCGGGUUAUCUGUACAAUGGAAGAAGAUGCCACGGCUGCCUGCAAAGCUCCUCAAAGAAAAUCCCAUCCCAGUCUCCUGCCUCCUUCCCUAGUCACAUGCAGGAUGCUCACUGAUGGGGGAAGGAGAGAAGCAAGGCGGAGGAGUGGCCGUCUUCAGCUGGCCAAGGAGCUCCAAGCUGCCAAACAGAAGGGGACUAGAUCCUCCCCCAGGAAGAGGAUGUCCAGCAGCAUGGAACAGGUCCCAAAGUCCUUGUCUGUGAAGCUAGUAAGGAUCGAUUCCCCACUUAAGAAUCAGAAGGAGGAGGAUUCGGCAAACAGCACUAGAAGUUGCAGCAUACAAGAUCAAAGUGGAAUCACCAUGUCCACUGGGGGACACGCCUUCAAAUGUGGGGAUCCUGCUACUUCCAUGGUUCAAGAAGAGGACUCUGUUACUGGGAAUGCUAAGACUGGGUUGGAAGCUGGUCGAACGGAAAGUGGUCUAGAACAGCCGGAACCCCCUGAAAGAUCUUCUCCUGUGAAGCAGUGGAUCAUUGGUCCCCUGUUACAGACAUUCAAAUCGAAGAUGGCAAGUUUCAGCGAAAUCGUUAUGACUCCAGUCAGGUUUUUCAAAACGAGCCCCUCAUCCUCAGCCUGCAGCGGCAACCCAGUUCUCGCGGAUGCCAGCGAGGACUCUGAUGGCUGCUCAAGUGCCCACAGAGAACUUCAUUCGGAGCUAAAAACUGAAGGAGAGCAGAUGGGAGCAGAGAGCAGUAUCAACAGGUUGACCAACAAAGAACUACAAAGAGAGAUCAGCACAGGAAUCAUAAAUAACUGCUGCACAGAUGGAGAGCUGAACUGUGCUGUCCGGAGGUCGUCUGCAGUCCGGAGGUCGUCUGCAAUCCAGAGAUUAAACUUUGAAGCAGAGGCCAAUGUCCAAAGCUCUGUGCAAGAGCAGGAUUUUGUCCUUUUUGAUGAACAGAACAGUGAUGGUCUUGCUGUGUAUGAAAUGGAUGGUCUGAGGGAUUCUGAGGACCAAGUAGCAUCUGUUACGGAGGGUGAGCAGGAGCUUCAUUCAGAUCUCUGUCUACAACAUAGAUCUGGUACAGAGAAAGGGAUAGAUUCCCAGGUGGAUUCCUCUUCUGAGAACUCCUGCAACCCUAGGCUCAGUUUAUCCUUAAACCCUGGCACACCGGAGCAGAUGGAGGCAUGUAUUCUGUUGAGAAGUUUGCACCGUAAACGUAUGCUUGAGCUUGACUCCUCCCCUGACUGUCCUCACAAACGGUUGCCUUUGUCUGCUGUGGAAGCCGGUUUGGUUUUUUCAGAAGUGUCAUCGGUCCUCUCUGAGCUGAGGGAGGGGCAUACCCUCAAAGAUUCCGCAGGGCCUGUGACUCAUGAGACAGUUAUUAGCGUGGAGUCUGAUCACUUAACACCCUUAAAGUACUACACACCCCCUGAUUCUCUCAGACUCUCUGAGGUUGAGGAGGCAGGUGUUGGACAGCUGAAAUUCUUGGACAGUAUUGAAGAUAGGCAGCCUUCAACCGUAACCGUCUCCUGGGACCAGAACAACACUGAUACUGAAAGAAAGGAAUGUACAGCUUCUCUUUCCUCACCGAGAAAAUCCUCUGUAUGGCCAGAAAAUAAUAGCGCACCCUCUGUUCAAAGCCAAGCAGAGGUCAAGCUGCAGCCAAUUCACCUAGAGGUUUUGGCCGGCCCUCAACUCGGUCUCUUACUCGAAGGACCCUCUUCUACAGAAGAAAAAGUUGGAACAGAAAAAUCUUGGCGAGUCCAACCUGAAGAUGAAAAGGCAGAUUGCAGAGGAAACAUGGCAAAGCAAGUUAAAGACAAUGAGAAAUUACAGGAAAAACAUGCUGGAGAAUUGCUAAGUGCCUCAGCUGCAGGUGUCAGAACAGUGAGACAAGUGCAGAGAAGAAGCAGAAAGAUGUGUCGUGUCAACGUUGAUCGUCAUAGGGUUGAGGGUGAUGCUGUCAUAGUCGGCACACAUAAGCAAACAAGAAAAAAACAGAAAUCUCCUGUCACAGAGCUGGUGGCUUCUACCAAGAGGCUCGCUGUUAACUGCCCAAAGAACCUUCCCUUGGAUCUUACAGACAGCAGUGUUGGUAACAGUGGAUCUGACCACAGUAUCAACAGGAAUGUAAACAACACAAGUAAUUGUUGGAAUAAAGGUGAAAUAUUGAGGGGUUCAGAGCUGCCUAAUGAUGUCAGAGCUGACUGCAGUCCGUGUCCCUCAGAGGUGCGCACACCAUCUUCGACGGAUUGUACAAAAGCGUCGUGCUCGACACAGGUCUCCACUACAAUGACUAUCACGAUAGCGAGGGAAAAGGAGGGUGCAACGGUCUGCGGGAGUAUGUCAGACAGCAUGUGUCCCCAGGUACCAAACAUGAGAUAUCAACGCUCCAGGUGCAGAAAGAGGGGUUCAAAUCCAGAUAUUGCGAUGGGUCUCGCUGCAAAUUGUAAAAAUAGUCUGGUUGUGCAAGGGAACCUUGAUUAUGCUCUACAGACAAAUGAUUUGAUGGAGCUGAGUAAGGAGACUCAUGGUGACCAGGCAGCAGUAAAUUUAGGUCAGCAGAGAGCUAGGAAACGAAAACUAAAGACCCUUUGCAGUGCAACAAAGGGACCUAAAAAGUUCUCUAAAGGACUGAGAGGGAUUGAUGCGGGCAGGAGUCAGGUUGCGGGCAUGGAACAGCAGAUGGCACAAUCAGAAGGUUUGGACAAAGACAGCGAGAUUGAAGGAGGAACACUGGAGAGUAGAGAUUCCAGUGCUGCAGAACUUCAUCCAAAAGAGGUAGUUGAUCAACACCUUGGUAAAGAUUCAUGUUCAUCCAAUACAGUGGCAGCACCAAAGAGCCCUUUCAAGAACUUCACACCAUCCGAUGACCCACUGAUGGCAAAAGAUAACUCGGUGGAUGGGCGCACCUUGCGUGUAAUGGCUGACCAUUCGGACAAUGGGACUUCUGCUCCAACUGUGGGUGGCCUCCCACCAUAUUGUGAAGAGGAGAAAAAAGCUAUUCGUUCUCUUGGCCUGGCUGCCUCAAAUGUUGUUGUGAAGCUUGAGAGAUUAGAGAUUGUAGAGAUGAAUGCCAUGAAGGAGGAAGAAUCAGGGAUUGUGAGCGGCUCCAUUGCAAGUGGCCCAGUAGAGCGAAGAAGAGGGCGGGGAAUGAAGACUACAAGGGAGCAGGAGGGGAAUGACAGUGCCAGGAUGGUGGGGCUGCACCGGAAGGAGGCUGGUCUACCGAAGGCGUCAGGUAGCGGGCCUCUGCAUGCUCGCUUGCUGCGAAGCCGCUCCUGUCCCGAGAUCCCCUCGUCCCUCCUUGAGGACUGCUGGAGCACCUCGCCAUGCCCUUCACCCCCCCACAGCAGCCUCCCCGCCUCCUUCCUCCAGCAGCACUCUCUGGUUCACUCCCCUCCCUCGCCAGUCAAGCGGACUCGUCGGCACACUGUCUGCAGCGUGGAGGUGGAACGGGAGAUCGCCCCCUUGUGUCUCCGCAAGGAAGUGUACCCCACCGGGUUCUCCACCACCUCUCCGUCCUGCACCCCCGUGACAGUGCUUGCCUCCUGCUUCCUGUCCAGCCCACUGGCCUUCCUCUCGCAGAAACACCACGGGAGCGGCUGCAGCUCAGGAGCCAGCACUGGUGGCAGCAGCAGCCGUGACUCCUCCUCUUCGUCCUCCGCCUUUCCCUCAUGCCCCUUCCCUGCUUCCCCAGUAGUCCGUCACCUCUUCCCUGGCACCGGUCCCUCUGCCCAUCCCAGAACUGGCCAACCCGCUGCUUCCAUUUCAUCUCUGUGUAGUGUCUCCUCACAGGUCCCCUUAGAGGGACCCAGUCCAGGGAGGCUCCAGCGGAAAGAGGAGAGCAGUCAGAGUUCCAGAACCCGUGAGGAAAAGGCAAUCUCCUACUCGGAGUUCAAGCAGGUGGGCUCUGUCAAACGAGGUGACCAUGGAAAGGUGUCACGCAUCCGGAUCCGCAGGGCCGUCCCCAAGCCCCCCGCCAACCUAACACCGAUGGGCCUGCCCAAGACAAUCAGGUUGAAGAAGAAGGAGUUCAGCCUGGAGGAGAUCUACACCAACAAGAACUUCCAGAAACCGCCAGAGGGCCGUCUAGAGACGAUCUUUGAAGUGCCGGUCAGCUGUCGUGAUGGAUCCCUGUCCCUGAUUAGUCAGCGCCGAUUCAAGCGAUUGGUAGAUUUCCCAGAAUUGGGCGUGGCUAGGAAGCCCAAGAAGCCUCUGGUUGGGUCUUGCGGGAAGCCCGCCAUGGGUAGGACUCGCCGAGGGGGAGGAGCUCGGGGCAGAGAAAGCACCGCCCUCUCCUCGCAGGAACUUGAUUCGGUCCUGUGUGCCAAACUCAGUCAAUUAGACGGCUGGAUUGCCUUCGACCAAGAAGGUGUGCUGGCCUGAGGUGUAACUACUGGUAAAUUAUAAGGCAGCUUGGAUCUAUUGGGGUUAUUCCCCAUCCGUCCUGGGUUUUAAAGGGGCAUCUUAUGUGGACUGGUUACACAUGGACUUUUUUUUUUGUUUCUAUAAAUGCAGUUAUUCAUGAA